GUCGCUGCUCGCGCGCCGCCGUGACGUCAGGCGGCCGCGCGGCCCCCGGGCCCCUCACGCCCCGCGGGCUCAGCCCCGGCCCCGCGAUGCCGCGGGUCUACAUCGGCCGCCUCAGCUACCAGGCCCGGGAGCGCGACGUGGAGCGCUUCUUCAAGGGCUACGGCAAGAUCCUCGAGGUGGAUCUCAAGAACGGGUAUGGCUUUGUGGAGUUCGAUGAUCUGCGAGACGCCGACGAUGCUGUUUAUGAGCUGAAUGGGAAAGAUCUGUGUGGGGAGAGAGUGAUCGUGGAGCACGCCCGGGGCCCACGCCGGGACAGCAGUUACGGUUCUGGACGCAGUGGAUAUGGUUAUAGAAGAAGCGGAAGAGAUAAGUACGGUCCCCCAACCCGUACAGAAUACAGAUUGAUUGUGGAAAAUUUGUCAAGCCGCUGCAGUUGGCAGGAUCUGAAGGAUUAUAUGCGUCAGGCAGGGGAAGUGACAUAUGCAGAUGCACACAAAGGAAGGAAAAAUGAAGGUGUGAUUGAGUUCAAAUCCUAUUCUGAUAUGAAAAGAGCCCUUGAAAAGCUGGAUGGGACAGAAGUAAAUGGCAGAAAGAUAAGAUUAAUGGAAGACAGACCUGGAUCGAGACGGCGCCGCUCUUACUCCAGAAGCCGAAGCCAUUCAAGGUCUCGCUCUCGAAGCAGACACUCCCAUAAGAGCAGGAGCCGCAGUGCCAGUAGCAGCCGCUCCAAGAGCAGAUCCAGAUCCAGGUCUGUGUCCCGUUCCAGAAGCAAGAGCCGUAGUCGAAGCAAGAGCCGUAGCAGAGGCCAGAAAGAGAAAAGCAGGACUCCAAGUAAAGAGGAUAAAAGUAGAAGCCGCAGUAGGAGUGCAGAGAAAUCCCAAAACAAAAGCAAGGAUAAAUCUGAGGGCAUUCUCCAUAACAGCAAUGAGAAAGCCAAGAGCAGGAGCCACAGCAAAGAAAAGAGCAGGAGCAGGAGUGGGAGUAAGGAGAGGGGAGAGGUGAAGGAGAGCAUGAAGAGCAGAAGCAAGGAGAAGAGUAGAAGCAAAGACAGGGAGAAGAGCAUUAGCAAGGGUAGAAGCAGGAGCAAAAGCAGGGAUGAGAGUAGGAGCAGGAGCCACAGCAAGGAUAAAAGGAAAAGUAGGAAAAGGAGCAGGGAUGACAGCAGAAGUAGAAGCCGGAGCCACAGCAAGAGUGAGAAAAGCAAGAGGCGCAGCAAGCGAGACAGCAAAGGCAGCAGCAAGAAGAGAAGAAAGGGCAGCCACGAGCGGUCCAGGUCAGGCUCCAAAGAAAAGGAGCAGCUCAAAUCCGAGUCGGACAAGAAAGAGGCAAAAGGCGAGGAGGAGGAUGCAGUGUCCCGCUCCAGGUCUAGGUCCAUUUCCAAGUUCAAACCAAAUAUCAAAUCAGAUUCUCGUUCCAGGUCUAAAUCUGAUUCAAAGCCAAGGUCCCGGUCCAAGUCCAGGUCUAGGUCUGCCUCUCGGUCACACUCCCAGUCGCGGUCAAGGUCCCACUCCAGAUCCUAACCUUGCUGCAACACCACUUGGAAUGGUUGGAAAAGUCUUUUGUACAUGUUUAGUAGCUGUAACCAAGUGAUUGAAGUAGAAACCCUGUCAAUGCUGUGUAUUUUUAACAACCUUGAUGGUCUGUCUGUCAUUAACUGCAGCGCUCUCUCCCUGCAGCACUCUCUGGUGUGAGGCUGCUCUGCUCAUUUUGUAUCCAAUAGAAAGGUUCUCUUUACAUGCAGCUCUUCCUUGAACCCCCAAAUUGCCCUGUUUUCCAAGGAGAGCCUUGCAGGGAAUGAGCCCAGGGAAUGAGCACUGUGCCCUGGUGGGUUUGUGGGAUUGCAGUGAUGACUGAUAGGUAGGUAUGAUGGAUUCAAUAGACUUUGCCCUCGAUUGAUGCCCUUUGAUGUCUGCCAUUUAGUGGAAAUGCUAAGUCUUAAGUUUCAUACUACUUUUUUUCCAUAUUUUUUGGACUUACAAAGUCGUGAAUAGCACAGUCAAAAGGAAAAAAAAAAAAUAGAAGUACUUGCAGUAAUCUAUAGGGAAAAGAACUAUAGUUCCAUAUUCUGGUAUUGUGACAAUAUCCUUGUUUUAUAUUAAAUUUUUUAUUUUAUUUUUCCCUGUCUUGCAAAGUACAGUGAUCCCCGUUUCCAUGAAAUUUGAAUAAAGACUAUUUUUGCUUGAUGACA